AUGGCAUCCGCAGAAAUCGCAGACCUGUUGACGCCGUCGCCCUCGAAGUCGACCAAGACCGGCGUCGUGACCCAAUUGAAGCGUGUGGCCAGCGCGUCCAAGGACAAUAUCUGGGUUUCUCCGUUCCGUCCUAAGGGAAGGAGCCCACGAGCAGCAUCCAAGCAGGACAAGACGAAGGAAAAUGAGACGGUGGCGGAGCCGGCCUCAGAGCAGAAAUCUGACGCCGAGUCCGAGACACGGGCGGAAAAGCAGGAAGAAGCCGUGGAGGCAGACAAUGCCCAAAAGCCACAGACAGAGACGACACAAGGUGGGUCUGCAGAACCCGAGACCGAGCCUGUUGCAGACACUGCGUCCGAGGAGGCCCUUCAGGAGCCGAGCGGCGACGUGGUGGAGGACGAGGAGCCCAUCGAGCCCAUCGGCGAGACUGAGCCGCUUGCUGCGCCCGUCGACGAGGUCGAGGCCACCUUCGACAAGCCCAAGAUGCUCAAUCGGUACAAGGAGAACAAGCUUCUUGCGUCGCAGGCACUGAACAACACACAGGUGCAGAAUAUGGACCGGGUGCUGAAUCUCGGUGCUGGCCUGAAGCUGACGGAGGCCCAGAUCUACGAAAUUGCUAAAAAGAGAGUUGCUCCUGUUUUGAAGCAGGUGGACGAGCAGGUGCAGGAGAACCUCAAACGGGACGAGCUUCGUGCUGUGGAGGAAGAGGAGAAGUUUGUCAAGAAGGACGAGUCGAAGCUCGCCAAGGAGCUCAAGAAAUACACUGCUUCCAUCGAGAAGGAGAACGCUGCCAUUGUGGCCUCGUUUGCCAAGCCGAUGAAGAAACUCGACGACGACAUGGCCGCCAGCAAGAAGGCGUACGAGCAGUACAUUGCCGACGUGAAGGCCAAGAUCGAGCAGGACGCCGUCGACUACGAGGAGGCCGAGAAACAGGCAGCCGAGAAGCACGUGACCGACAAGGAGGAGCUGCACAAACGGGCCGAGCAGCGCAAGCAGGAGCUGACAGAGGCGCUGGCGCACGCCAAGGAGCAGCAGGAGGUCGAGACUCAAAAGGAGAAGGAAGUGCGCGCUUUGGGCGAGGAGUACAAGCAGAAGGCGGACGAGGCAGAGAGCCAGCUGAGCGAGAAGGAGAAGGAGCUUGAGGACAAAAUUGCUCUUCUGGAGGGGCAUGUUUCGUCGAAAUACGAGAAACAGGGUGUCAUUGCGGGCGCCACGAGAAAGAAGCUCGAGGCGGAGCGCAAGGUUGCGAUUAUUGGUGCUCAGCACGCGCAGGCCAAGGGCAAUGUCGACAAAUUGCAGGAGCACGUCAAUUUGAUCCAGAGCCACGUGGACCAACACAAGGCCAAGAAGGAGUAUCUGAGCACCGAGGGCCAGAAACAGCUGGACGAGAAGCGCAGUGCAGCAGAAAAGGCAGUGGAGGACUGGGAGCUUGAGAAACAGCAGAUGAGAACCGAGGAGGCCAGAAGGCAGGAGCGGUUGCGCAUUGAGGCCGAGGCCGAGCGCAAGCGGCUGGCCGAGGAGGAGGAGAGAAGAAAGGAGGAGGAGCAGAAGCAGAAGGAAGCUGAAGCGCUUGCUGCCAAGCAGAAGGAGCAGGAGGAGAAGGAGGAGAAGGAGAAGGAAGAGCAGGAGAAACAGCGGAGUGCCAUCGGCGUUGGUGUUGGUGCCGCUGCAGGCGUUGCCGGUGCCGAGGUUCUGUCCGACGCUGGGAGCAAGAGCGUUUCUGGCAUCACGGGUCCUCAGCUCGGAGAUGUUUCAGCUCAGAAAUCAGUUGAUCCCAGACCUGCUUCGGGAGCAGAAAUUCCUGCCUCCACUCAGCCAAAGGAGAGUGCUGCUUUCAGUGCUGAGAAAGUUCCUGAAGUUGUUGCCGGUGACAAUCUGAACAACACCGUGACAGACUCCCCUAAGGAAGUUUCCAAAAACGUUUCGAAGGACCUUGCUGACGACGUGUCCAAAGAUGUCUCCAAAGAUGUCUCCAAGGGCGACGUCAAGGACGCUUCUGUGGAUGCCGCUGUUGCCGAACCCGCUGGCGUCGCUGGCUCGCCACCGUCCACUGAGUCCAGCAAAAAAAGCAAAUCCAAGGUCCCCUCUGAGGUGAUCACCACGGUGACCGCCACGGGAGCCGCCGCCGACAUCGCCGCUGCCGCCAUUGACGCUGCCGGCAUUGACGCCGUCACAGAGCAACUCGAAAAAGGCGCUGACGUGGCCGACAUCGCCAAGCUCGCAGAAACGAAAGGACCCGUCGAGCCUAUCCAAGAGGAGCCAGAAGCCAAGAACGGCACCACAAUUGCGUCUGCCUCGACUCCGAGCGCCGUUGUGGCCCCAGUUGCUGUCUCUGCCGCUAGCUCUCCCAGCACCCCUAAAAAGGCGGACUCGCUGGAGCAGACGAAGACCCCUGAGUCCAAGACAAAAUCAAAGUCGAGAGCCAACUCGUUGACCAAGAAGCUGUUCCCGCUGUCAAGAAGCAGCAGCAAGAAACGCGAGGCGCAGAAACAGGAGCCUAAACAGGAGCCGAAACAGGAGCCUGCAACCAGCAAGACCCCGGAGCCAGCAAGGACCGUUCCGCCAGUCGCAUACAAGUCGCUGGACCCUGCUGCCUCCAAAGAGUCUCCUCCGGUGACGGAUCAUGGCGACGGUGACAUCGACUCGAUCGACGUCCGGUCGCAAGCCAAGCCGGUGUUCACAGAGGUGGUCGACAACGACGACUACCAGGAGGUGGUCACUUAUGAGACGAUCGACUCGGCCGAGUACGAGAAAAACAAGCACGAUCCAAACUACAUGAAGGUGCCUGCGAACGAGUAA